AUGUACAGAUUUAUAACUAUAUUGAAAGUGUGUCUUGCGAUUUUGCUAAUUUAUGAAGCAAAUUCUAUAGAUUUAAAGUUAAACAAAGACUGGGACAAUUAUGGCCCUUAUGACUUAAAUUGGAGUCGCUACGAAAUUUGUAGUGGCCCAAAACUAAAGAAUCUGACAUUUUUCUCUACAACUCUUGUAAAGGAAGGUGACAGUUACGUAUCUCAGUUCAAUUGCACGUUAUUAGCACCGGCACGAAUUGAUGAGAUUAAAAUAAUAGUUCACACCGUAAAGGAUAACCGUACUAGUUUGUUAUGGAGCUACAAAGUGAAUAAUCCGUGUCAACAUUACGCUGUUGCCAGUUUUAUUGAAAAAUACGCUAAAAACUGUGUUUUAAAACAGGAAAACUACAUGUUAACCGCAAAUUUUACGGAAAUUUCAUAUAUGUUUUUUGGAACCUCAUUCUUUUACGGUGAAUACAAGUUGAAAGUUUUACUACUAUCAAAAAAAGGGAACCUCAUGUGCCUUGUUAUGAAUUCUAAUUUUACUAAGAAGAAAGCUCUUUAA